AUGUCAUCAGACUAUGAACCUCCUAAUGAAAAUUCCCUACUAAAUAAUAUACUUCCCAGCUAUGGAAUGUUUAAAAGCACCAUAUCACUUGAAUUGGAGCCAAGCAAUGAGAAUUUUCUGGUGGAUCCACCAACUUACGAUAAUCAUGAGAUGACUCCAAUAACUUCAGUUUCAUCAUCUCAAAUUCAAUCACCACAGGAAGAGUCGACACCUUCAAACAUAUUUGUUGAUGAUUAUUUUGAUCCUAAUCAAGAAAGUGACAAUCUUUGGCAAAACACUAUUUUAACAAACGUGGACAAACUUCCAAAUCUAACAUCAGAAUCAAAUUCAAAAAGUAAUGCGUUACAAGUUAACAUCAAAUUCACUGAGAAUGUUUGUCAAAAGGGAAUCAAACCUGUGAUAAUAGAUCCUUCGUUGAAAGAAUUUACUCAAGGAGAUUACAUUCAUGGGUAUAUAACGAUGGAAAAUACAUCUGAUGAACCUAUUUCGUUCGAUAUGGUCUAUGUUGUAUUUGAGGGUACAUUAACUGUGUUGGAAUCAAACUUGACCUCAUUAGUAAAAUUCAAAUUCUUGAAUAUGAUGGAUCUAUUUGCUUCAUGGUCCUAUGCAAAUAUUGACAGAUUAGUAACGGACAAUGGAUAUCCACACGAUUGGUGCGAUGGUGAAAUUGAUCCUUACGAUAAUACUUUGUUGUCAAUUGAUGUUAAGAGAAUUUUCGAACCCCAUGUAACUUACAAACGAUAUUUCACAUUUAAAAUUCCAGAAAAAUUACUAGAUGAUGAAUGUGAUCAUAGCCUACCUAUGCAUACUCAAAUUAUACCAACUUUUGGAAUCGAUAGACAAAAUAUACCACCUUCCUUGUUACUAGCAAACAAAUCUACUCAAAUCAAAGACUUGGCGUUCAUCGAUAGCAAUAUUACGUAUAGUGUGGAUGCAAGAGUAAUUGGAAGAGCAUCAAAAUACAAUUGUCAAACAGAAAAAGAUCAUUUUAUACUAGCGAAGCAAGCAUCUUGUCCUAUUAGGGUUAUUCCUAACCAUAACGAAUUAGAUUAUGAUGCAAAUGUCGACUAUCAUGCAUUCGUUCAAUCAGUUAAAGAGAAAAUCGACUUUGGUAAUGAAUUAUUAAACAAUCAACCACUAUUAAGUCCUUCACUAAGUCAUGACACAAUGAAAGUCAAACAGCUUUACAAUGAGACAAAAUGUGAUAAAAAAACUUCACAAUAUGAAUCUGUUCAACCGUUUAAAAGAAAGAUAUUUGGAACAACUAAAAAUCUAGGGAUUGUUUCAUUAUCCACUGAUAAAAGAGUUUAUGUAAUUCAAUACACACCCCCUUCAAAAUUUGGAACCAAAAACAAAGACACUGAAAUCAUCAUUCCUUUAGAGUUAAGAUAUACCGGUAAAGAAGCUCCUGAAAUCAAAUCCGUUGAAGUAGAACUAGUCUCCCUAACUAUUCAAUCUAAAAAACAUUCCAUACCUAUUGAAUUUACAUCAGAAAUGUCGUUCAAUGAUCAAGAGAUCAACUCAAAACCAGUUGCAGAAAACUUUGACCUGAUAAUAAUACACAAGUUUCAAAAGUACCUCAAUGACUUCAACAAACUUAUCAAGGAAUGCGGAAAUGAAACAUUGAAAAUAGAAACAAAACAAUACAGAGACGUCAAAGCUUUGGCUGCUUUGAAGACGAAAUAUAUCAAUCUUCCAAUCUCAGAUUUACAGUACUUGACACAAUCAAAAGAAGGUUUUGGUUCUAACGUACUGAUAAAAACAAUUCCAUGGGUGAAAGAUGAUGAUUGGAGUAAAAAGAAUUUUUCAAUAAAAAUGGAUUUGAAUAAUUGUGGUUUGAAAGGAAUUGAUCAUCCGGUGAAAGGUUUAAGUAAAAUUACCUUAGUUCCUAAUUUUCAAAGUUGUUAUAUAAGUAGGAUGUACUAUCUCAAAUUAAACAUGAAAACUAAUGGUGCAUUACUAGUCUUGCAUGUUCCACUAGAAAUUGUCAGAUAA